AUGGACGCGACUCCGUCUUCGCCCCUCGCAAAGCUCCAACGCCUGGGCCUGCUGUCUCUGGCGGCGCUCUCUCUCGGCGGCGUAGUGCUCGUGCUCUUCUCUCUCAAUACGAUCAUUAAUUUCGGUGGACACCAGCGCGACUUCGCCUCGGACCCCUGGCAGGCCAACUUCCGCAUCGGCAGCGCCCUCAGCGUGCAGACUUGGGUCGCGUUGCUCGGUAUUUGCUUCGGUGCCAUCUCCUACGGCACAGGUGAGGCAUACACCCACUUCUUCGACUGGUGGUGUUCCCGACAAGCCACGGCACAACAAGGCCUCGACUACGCUCGCUACCUGAACUCCCAGCUCAGGGCCCCGACCAACAUCGGCUUUCGCGGGUUCCCGCGCCUCGUCUUCGGGCGGUACGCUGUCGCACUGCUUACCGUCAUCACGUCGAUAGGAUACAAGUUUGGCGUCUCGGAGGUGUCCAUCUCGACCCUCAUGGCCCUUGUGCCCGAGGACAUCGUUCUGCGUCUCCCUCCGGUCGAUGGGUUCCAGAACGGCACCCUCAGCCCCGGUUCAGCCUUUCACCACAUGAUCCUCGGCAACCAGACCGCGAUCCCCAAGGGAAUUUUCAUGGUCGGCUGGCCUGACUGUGGCGACACACUUGGGACCGGCGACGAGGGAGAGCUUGUGACUAAGGAGAUCAUCAUGACCGGGGCGUGGCGGCCGAACAAGCCCGAAGACCGAUUCUACAUGUCGACGACCGAAAAUAGGAACUGGACGCGGAUCAAGGCGACAAACAAAGAGUGGCUUCCCUCGACCACGAACGACAGCGCGCAGGCCACUAUCGAGUAUCGCCUCUUGCGGAACGGGAUGAUGGAGAUACAAUGGGCAGAUCUCGCAACCUCCGAGGCGAGAUCAGAAGGGGAGGUGCUCGUGGAACAGCGAAGCAUGUGGGAGCUGAACUACCUUGUCGUCGAGGUGCAGAGGCGCGUGUCCAGCCCGGGCUGCGGAUUCUUGAACGAUACCGGAACAGGCGGCGUCACGGUGCUCAAGUGGGACGAAACGCCGGUGAGUGCUGAGGUCGUCUUUGACAGUAUGCCUGAGUUCCAGUACUGGGUCAACGCGAUGCUGUCUUCGUCAGGGACGACGCCGCAGCAGGGCGUCAGCGCCUUUGUGAGGGGUGCCAUGGCGGCGUGGGCAUCCCAGGCUGGUGACACGGAUCUGCUCGCCCAUCUGAAGUGGUCUGCCCGACCGUUCGGGCAAGAGGAGAGGAUUGGUACCGUGCGUAUCGACGAACUCGACCGUGAUAAUUUGGAGUAUCCCUUCUUCGUAGGUUCCCGCCGGGGGACGGGCUUGUAUAAGGUUGCCGCCAUCGUCUUCCUCGUGAUCGGUAUCGCAGCCGUCGCCACCUGUGGUAUCAGGAUCUGGGUCGGCGCUCCUAAGGUGACGUCCUGGAUGGGACAGCAUUUCUAUCUCUCACAAGCCGGAAUAAUCCAGGCUGGCCAAGAGGUCGAGAAGUUAGCCACGGGAUAUGAGGUGGCACCCGACAACGUGGGCUCCCUGCACGUGGGUGAUAGCCGACAGCCAUUGUUAUCAAGUAUAGUUGAGUUACGUCCAGAGAAGUAG